GUCGCCCUUCUUCAGCCCUAGCUUCGCCUUCAGCUCCCACUUCGACCCCGACGGCGCCGCCCUGGGCGGACUCUCCUGGUCGCCCUCGCUCGCCGUGGUGGCUGUGUCUUUCUCGGGGCUCUUCACCGUGGUCGUCCUCAUGCUGGCCUGCUUGUGCUGUAAGAAGGGCGGCAUCGGCUUCAAGGAGUUUGAGAAUGCUGACGGGGACGGGUACACGGCCGAUCGCUCGGCGCAGGGCUCCCCGGCCACGGCCGCGCAGGGCGGGCCCGACGUGUACGUCCUGCCGCUCACCGAGGUCUGCCUGCCCAUGGCCAAGCAGCCCGGCCGCUCAGUGCAGCUGCUCAAGUCCACGGAGCUGGGCCGGCACAGCCUGCUGUACCUGCAGGAGAUCGGGCACGGCUGGUUUGGGAAGGUGUUCCUGGGGGAGGUGCACGCGGGCGCCAGCAGCACCCGGGUGGUGGUGAAGGAGCUGCAGGUGAGCGCCAGCGUGCAGGAGCAGGCGCAGUUCCUGGAGGAGGCGCAGCCGCACAGGGCCCUACAGCACAGCAACCUGCUCCAGUGCCUGGCGCAGUGCACAGAGGUGACGCCCUACCUGCUGGUGAUGGAGUUCUGCCCGCUGGGCGACCUCAAGGGUUACCUGCGGAGCUGCCGGGUGAGCGAGUCCAUGGCGCCCGACCCCCUGACGCUGCAGCGCAUGGCGUGCGAGGUGGCCUGCGGGCUGGUGCAUCUGCACGGGAACAACUACGUGCACAGCGACCUGGCCCUGCGCAACUGCCUGCUGACGGGCGACCUGACAGUGAAGAUCGGGGACUAUGGCCUCUCUCACUGCAAGUACAGGGAGGACUACUUGGUGACCGCGGACCAGCUGUGGGUGCCGCUGCGCUGGAUCGCGCCCGAGCUGGUGGAUGAGGUACACAACAACCUGCUCGUGGUGGACCAGACCAAGGCCAGCAACGUGUGGUCCCUGGGGGUGACCAUCUGGGAGCUGUUUGAGCUGGGCGCACAGCCCUACCCCCACCACUCGGACCGGCAGGUGCUGGCCUACGCCGUGAGGGAGCAGCAGCUCAAGCUGCCCAAGCCACAGCUGCAGCUGACGCUGGCCGACCGCUGGUACGAGGUGAUGCAGUUCUGCUGGCUGCAGCCGGAGCAGCGGCCCACGGCCGAGGAGGUGCACCUGCUUCUGUCCUACCUGUGCGCCAAGGGCGCCACCGAGGCGGAGGAGGAGUUUGAACGGCGCUGGCGCUCCCUGCGGCCGUGCGGGGGAGGUGCGGGGCUGGGGGCAGCGGGCCCGGCGCUGGGCGGUGCCGCCGAGCUGGCCUCCGCCUCCUCCUUCCCGCUGCUGGAGCAGUUCGCCGGCGACGGCUUCCACGCGGACGGCGACGACGUGCUGACCGUGACGGAGACGAGCCGCGGCCUCAACUUCGAGUACAAGUGGGAGGCCGGCCGCGGCGCCGACGCCUUCUCGCAGCCGCUGUGCGCCCCCGACGGCGCGCCGGGCGUGGUGCCGGUGCUCAGCGCGCACAGCCCCUCGCUGGGCAGCGACUACUUCAUCCGCCUGGAGGAGGCCGAGCCCGCCGCCGGCCACGACCCCGACUGCGCCGGCUGCGCGCCCGGCCAGGGCUCGGACUCGGAGGGCAGCGCUGACGCCUCGCUGGCCGCCGAGCCGCUGCUGGGCCCCGCGCCGCCCGCCGCCGGCUCCUGGGGCUGCCGCGACCGCUCCUCCGCGCGCGGGAGCCGCAGCCGGGACGCGCCGGGCCGCCCGCGCUCGCCCUCGCCCUCGCCCGCGGAGGAUGCGGGGCGGGCCGUGGGCGCCUUCUGCCCCCGCUUCCUCACGGAUCCGCUCGGGGCAGCGCCCUCGGGGGGCUCCGGGCCCCCGCUGUCCCCGGGCGAGGAGCAGCUCGGGGAGGCGGAGGCGCGGAGGGCGGCGCAGCACAGACACUGGCGCUCCAACGUGUCUGCUAACAACAACAGUGGCAGCCGCGACCCAGACGCCUGGGGCCCCGGCCGCGCGGGCGGCUGCGCGGAUGACUGCCCCAGUCCGAAGCCGGCCCCUGGGGCCUCCCCUGAGCCAGGCCGCCUCCCGGCCCGGGGGGACCCCGGAGAGCCCCUGCUCGGGCCGCAGCCACUCUCCCCUAGCCAGGAGCCAGGUCGCUGCCUUGGUCUCCCCCAGCCCUGCUCUCCCCAGGGCGUGACACCUGCCGCCUGCCUGGCCACGCCCACUUGGACCGAGGCAGCAGCGCCGGCUGGGGCUGACCACCACCGGGUGGAGCCCCAGCUGGCCGAGGACGCUGAGGGCUCUGCUGGACCCCAACUGCCCGUGCCCUCUGUCCCCUCCCCUUCCCAGGAGGGGGCGCCACUCCCUUCAGAGGAGGCCAGUGCCCCUGACACCCUUCCAGCCUCCCCCACCCCUGCUGCCCGCAGCCGGGCAGCUGCCUCUGAGCUGGCCGGGACCUGGGACAGCAGCAGCAGCUCUCCGGCUCUGGAGGUGCCCGGCGGUGAAGGCGAGGACCCCACCGCGGCCGCGGCCGGGAUCUUCACCCGCCUGUCGAGCGCCGGCCGGGGGGUGUGGACGCCCGAGUCCCUGGACUCGCUGGACGUUCUGUCCUCAGCCAAGGCUGGCGGCUGUGAGGCCGGCACCCCCGGGGGGCAGCCCCACGCGCUGGACAGCGGCUGUGCCACAGAGAACCACGAGUGUCCGGUACUCACGCUCAGGGAGGCGUGGGCGCCCAGCCAGCCCGAGGCCCUCGAUGAGCUGGCCUCGGAGGGCGAGAGCCCGGGGUCCGAGACGCAGCUGGCCGCCGCCCGGGGUGGCCUCAGCCAGAAGAACCCCUACCGAGACUCCGCCUACUUCUCAGACCUGGACGCCGAGUCCGAUCCCCCCGCGGCCCCUGAGAAGGACCGGGUCCAGCUGCCUGGGCCAGAGCCGGGCCUGGGGGGCCUGCAGGGCCCCGGGCAGCAUGCCGGGCAGGGUGCUCCUGGGCCCCAGGGCCCGGAUGAGGCACAGGGCACUGGCUCUGGGGAGGGGUGGCCACCCCUGCUGCCCCUGGACGGGUCUUCCUCAGAGCCAGGUGCCUGCCCCGCGGGCCCCAGGCUGGAGUGCCCGCAGGCCCCAGGCCCGGUCCAGACACCACCUGCAGCCAGCUCCAAGCUCUUCCUGCUCACCCCGGUCCCGCCCGACGCGGAAGGCGGUGGCCCCGGACCCCAGGGGGCUCCCCGGGAGCGCACAGGGGGCCCCCUCUGCCUGGCCCUGCCCGGCCGGCCGGAGGAGGAGGGCGACGACAGCGAGGACAGUGAGUCGGACGAGGAGCUGCGCUGCUACAGCGUGCGGGAGCCGGCGGAGGACAGCGAGGAGGAGGCGCCCGUGCCCGUGGUGGUGGCCGAGAGCCAGAGUGCGCGCAGCCUGCGCGGCCUGCUCAAGGCGCCCAGCCUGCUGGCCCUGGAGCGCAAGAAGAAGGCCGUGUCCUUCUUCGACGACGUCACCGUCUACCUCUUCGACCAGGAGAGCCCCGCCCGGGAGACGGGAGAGCCCCUCCCCAGCGCCGCGGAGCCGCGCCCCCCGCUCCUGCCGGGCAGCCCCAGCGCCCCGGGCCGGCCGCGGCGUGCCGAGCGCUCCCCGGAAGCCUCCGUCCCGGCCGAGGGCGUUCGGUUCGAAUGGGACGAGGACUUCCCGCUGACGCCGGCCAAGGCGGCCCUGGCCGCAGCCCCGGACCCUGCCGCGCCCGGCCCGGCCGCGCCCCCCGCGCCGCCCUCGCGAUUCACGGUGUCGCCCGCGCCCGCGUCCCGCUUCUCCAUCACGCACGUGUCCGACGCGGACGCCCAGCCUGCGGGAGGCCCUGCUGUGAGCUCCGGGGACCAGCGAGCAGAUGCUUGAGCCCACAGCUGGCCGUGGACGCCACCGGAGCCCCCACACAGACGGGCACCAGGCCAGAGUGGGCCCCCGAGCCCAGCUCCUCGGUGCUCCGUGGAGAGUCAGCGAGGGG